CAGAGAUAUCUUCUAGACGUUCGUCUUUCACCGUCGUCGAAGGCUUUACCCCACAGACGCCGAUUCAAAAGUGUUUUGAGUUUUGCAUAAAACUUCAACAAUGGUUUCGUAUCCCGCUACAACAGAGACGAUCUCCCUGGCUCAAGAAGCCAAUAGCUCGGAGGCUAUUCAGAUACUGUACCAGGUCUUAGAAGACCCUUCUUCAUCUCCAGAGGCUAUACGGAUCAAGGAGCAAGCCAUCGCUAACCUCUGUGAUCGUCUCACUGAGGAGAAGAGAGGUGAGGAUCUCCGGACACUGUUAACCAAACUAAGACCGUUCUUUUCGUUAAUCCCCAAGGCGAAGACGGCGAAAAUCGUCAGAGGGAUCAUUGACGCCGUGGCGAAGAUACCGGGGACGACUGAUCUUCAGAUCACUCUUUGCAAAGAGAUGGUGGAGUGGACACGCGCUGAGAAGAGGACUUUUCUCAGGCAGCGAGUGGAAGCGAGGCUUGCUGCUCUUUUGAUGGAGAACAAGGAGUAUGUUGAAGCGUUGGCGCUGUUGAGUACUUUGGUGAAAGAGGUUAGGAGGUUAGAUGAUAAGCUCCUUCUUGUUGACAUUGACUUGCUGGAGAGUAAACUUCACUUCUCGUUGAGGAACUUACCAAAGGCGAAAGCUGCACUCACCGCAGCUAGAACGGCUGCAAACGCUAUCUAUGUCCCACCUGCUCAACAGGGAACCAUAGAUCUCCAGAGUGGGAUUCUUCAUGCUGAGGAGAAGGAUUACAAAACGGGUUACAGUUACUUCUUUGAAGCAUUUGAGUCAUUCAACGCUCUGGGAGAUCCAAGAGCGGUUUUCAGUUUGAAGUACAUGUUGUUGUGUAAGAUCAUGGUUAGCCAAGCUGAUGAUGUUGCAGGAAUAAUCUCAUCAAAGGCUGGACUCAGUUACGUUGGCCCUGAUCUUGAUGCUAUGAAGGCAGUAGCUGAUGCACACUCAAAGAGGUCGUUGAAACUGUUUGAGAACGCUCUCCGUGACUACAAGGCGCAGCUUGAGGAUGACCCGAUUGUACACAGGCAUCUCUCUUCUCUCUAUGACACGCUUCUGGAGCAAAACUUGUGUCGUUUGAUUGAGCCUUUCUCACGAGUUGAGAUAGCUCAUAUCGCUGAGCUGAUUGGGUUACCGGUGGAUCAUGUGGAGAAGAAGCUGUCUCAGAUGAUUCUUGACAAGAAAUUUGCAGGUACGUUGGAUCAAGGAGCUGGAUGUCUUAUUAUAUUCGAAGAUCCGAAGGCGGAUGCUAUCUACUCGGCUACUCUUGAUACCAUUGCAAACAUGGGGAAGGUUGUUGACAGCCUUUAUGUCCGGUCUGCCAAGAUCAUGUCCUGAGUGAGCUAGUUGGUCGUCUGAAUCGCAUUCUAUCUUUCUUUGUUCCUUUUCCGGUUUUUAGAUAUCGUUUGGACUCGGAGAAACUAAAUCUAAACUGUUUGGAUUGUUCCCAUUGGCUCAUUUCGCUUUAUGUUACAUUUUGGUUGUUGCAGUUUACAAAACAUUUGCACUCGAAGAAACUGAUACUUCUCAAACGUUUUCAACCUC